ACCAUUUUACGCGUGUUGUUAUAUAUCUAUAUAUAUGUAUGAAAGGUUGAUGUCUACUUUGCUUCACAGUCAAUGAGCAGAUAGAAAGAGAGAUAGAUACCUCCAUUCCUUUUAAUCUUAGCCAUUUUUGUAGAUUAGUCCAGUCACUCAAUAAUACUUGAUACAAGGGCUUGGUGGUGUUCUUUGCUGGUACAAUGGGAAGCGGAGUCUUGCUCCAUUUGUUUUGUGUGGUUUUGGCUUUGUUUAGUGUUUCUCUGGUGAAAGCAGAGGACCCUUACAGAUACUAUACAUGGACUGUCACUUAUGGAACAAUUUCUCCUCUGGGUGUCCCUCAACAGGUCAUUCUUAUCAAUGGUCAAUUUCCUGGUCCUAGACUUGAUGUGGUCACUAAUGACAACAUAAUACUCAACCUCAUCAAUAAACUGGACCAGCCUUUUCUCUUGACAUGGAAUGGAAUUAAGCAGAGGAAGAACUCGUGGCAAGAUGGAGUGUUGGGGACUAAUUGCCCUAUUCCUCCAAACUCGAACUUCACAUACAAGUUCCAGACCAAAGAUCAGAUUGGAAGCUACACAUACUUCCCAUCAACUCUAUUGCACAAAGCUGCUGGAGGGUUUGGAGGAAUCAAUGUCUAUGCCAGACCUCGAAUCCCAGUCCCAUAUCCUUUACCCGAAGCAGAUUUUACUUUACUCAUCGGAGAUUGGUUCAAAACCAGCCAUAAGGCAUUACAGGCAUCUCUAGAUUCAGGGAAAUCUCUCCCAUUCCCGGAUGCUGUACUUAUUAACGGCCAGACUCAAUCUUCAUUUACUGGUGAUCAAGGAAAGACCUACAUGUUCAGGAUUUCAAAUGUGGGCUUGUCAACCUCCUUGAACUUCCGGAUUCAAGGCCAUAGAAUGAAGCUAGUUGAAGUUGAAGGAUCUCAUCUCAUUCCAAACAUAUAUGAAUCUCUAGAUCUGCAUGUUGGCCAAUCUAUGUCUGUCCUAGUUACCUUAGACCAGCCUCCCAAGGACUACUACAUUGUCGCGUCCACACGGUUCACAAAGACUGUCCUCACAUCCACUGCUGUUCUACACUACACAAACUCUAAAACCCCAGUUUCUGGACCUGUGCCUGCCGGUCCAACUUACCAAAGACACUGGUCUAUGAAGCAAGCCAGAACCUUCAGGUGGAACUUGACAGCGAACGCGGCCAGGCCUAACCCUCAGGGCUCAUUCCAUUACGGAAAAAUUAAACCAACGACCACAAUUGUGUUGGUUAAUUCAGCACCUUUAAUCAACGGAAAACAAAGAUAUGCUGUCAACAGAGUCUCUUACAUUAACUCCGAUACUCCUCUGAAGCUCGCGGAUCAUUUUGGCAUACAGGGAGUCUUUAGUAUGGAUUCUAUCCAAGGCCUUCCCUCUGAAGGCCCUGCUUACUUGGCUACAUCAGUCAUGCCUGCAUCCCUCCAUGAUUUCCUCGAAAUUGUUUUCCAAAACAACGAAAAGGCAAUGCAAUCCUGGCAUCUUGAUGGCUAUGAUUUUUGGGUUGUUGGCUAUGGCUCCGGACAGUGGUCUCAAGCCAGUAGAAAAAAUUACAAUCUAGUCGACGCUCCUACUAGACAUACUACACAGGUGUAUCCUAAUUCUUGGACUACAAUAUUGGUCUCAUUGGACAACCAAGGAAUGUGGAACUUGAGGUCUGCAAUAUGGGAGAGGCAGUAUCUAGGGCAGCAAUUUUAUCUGAGAGUGUUCAAUCCAGUGAGGAGCCUUGCUAAUGAAUAUGACAUCCCUUCAAAUGUUUUACUUUGUGGCAAAGCUGUUGGAAAACACCCUUAGUGUGUGAUUAGCUUUUUUUAGAGUUCUCUUCUUUUAGUCAUGAGGGUUUGACUGCAAUAUAAGAUAGAUUGAAGUGUGGGGAAGAUGAAGCAUUUUAAUUAUAUUGGCCUCUUUAUUUGUA